CGAUUACGUCACCGAGGCGGAACGAGAACAACAAAUCCCAACAAAAAGAUUAACUGAUUAAAUUAAUCCUUCUAUAUGUGACAGGCAUUGUCAUCCACAGGCGAUUGUCUACAUUGAAAGAACAAAAUGUCUACCAUCAAAGUGCAAAAUUUCAUCAAUGGGAAAUUCUGUGAUAGUGAGAAAUACCUGGAUAGUUUUGACCCAUCUACAGGCGAAGUUUGGGCCAAAAUUCCGGACAGCACGGUUGUCAACGUGGAAGCUGCCGUCAGUGCUGCUAAGAAUGCCUUUCCCGGAUGGUCAGCGACCCCAGUUCAGGAAAGGUCAAAGGUUAUGAUGAAGAUUGCUGAUUUGUUGGAAUCUAGACUUGAGGAGUUUGCCGUGUUGGAGUCGAGGGACCAAGGAAAGCCAGUUUGGCUAGCUCGUACUGUAGACAUACCAAGGGCUGUAUACAAUUUUAGAUUCUUUGCCACCUGUGCUCUGCAUGAUCUCAAUAGGUCAAAUCAGAUGCAGGCAGUGGAUGCAUUCAACUACACAAUUAAAAUGCCAGUAGGUGUAGCUGGCCUGAUAAGCCCUUGGAACCUGCCUAUGUACCUGCUUACGUUCAAAUUGGCACCAGCAAUCAUUGCAGGUAACACAGUGGUUGCAAAACCCAGCGAAAUGACGUCAGUGACUGCGUGGAAAUUAGCGGAAAUCUUUAACACUGCAGGGCUGCCGCCUGGGGUGAUCAACUUUGUGUUUGGGUAUGGACCAACAGCUGGGGAGGCAAUAGUGCGACACCCAGGCGUACCUAUUGUAUCAUUCACUGGUGGUACUGUUACAGCAGUGAAACUGAGAAUUGCAGCAGCACCAUUCAGCAAGAAACUCUCACUAGAGCUUGGAGGAAAGAAUCCAGGUGUGAUAUUUGAUAAUGCAGACAUGGAAAAAUGUAUUGUUACAACUAUCAGGUCAAGUUUUAUAAACCAAGGAGAGAUUUGUUUAUGUACAAGUAGACUGUAUGUACAGAGGGGAGUAUACAAAACUUUUGUAGACAAGUUUGUGCAGGAAGCCAAGAAACUAGUUGUUGGGGACCCAAAAGCUGAAGGGGUUUUCAUGGGAGCCCUCAUUAGUAAAGAGCACCUUGCCAAGGUAAAAGGUUAUGUUGACAUAGCAAGACAAGAAGGAGCCAGUAUUCUGUGUGGUGAGGAGGACCUUAAUCUCCCAGCUGAAAACAAAAAUGGAUAUUUCAUGCGUCCGACUGUGAUCACGGAUGUAAAGGACACAUCACGUCUGAUGACAGAGGAAAUAUUCGGCCCCGUUGUUUGUAUUGUGCCAUUUGAUACCACUGAUGAGGUGAUAGAGCGAGCCAAUGCUGUGAAGUAUGGACUUGCUGCAACAGUCUGGAGUACUGAUGUGACUACACUUCACAGAGUGUCUCAGAAACUACAUGCAGGAACAGUAUGGGCUAACUGCUGGCUGGUUCGUGACCUCAAUAUGCCAUUUGGCGGGAUGAAAGAGUCUGGAACUGGAAGAGAAAGUGCCAAAGAUUCCAUCGAAUUCUUUACCGAGGAAAAAACAAUCUGUGUAAAACUGUAAUCAAAAGAUACUGACUUGUCAGAAGUUUUAUAUGUAACAUUUUCAAGAAAUAGUUUUGCCACAUUUUUUUUCCAAAGAUUUUCAUACUGCUGUGAUAGUUCAUGUAUGACAUAUUAUGUAAUGGGUAGGUUUCACUUUCAAAACUCCCAAACUGUGAUAUUGAAUACAGGUUAUUUUGUUAAAUGUGUGUUUUGUAAGGCUGUAAAGCAAAAAAUUCCCCUCCCCCAAAAAAUGAUUUUAUAAAAAUGCAAUUUUUGCUGUAAUUUUUGCUAGAUUCUGAUUAUAAACUUUCAGAAUACCCUGAAAUCCCGAAAAUAAGCUGUGGCUUAUUCUAAAUUUUCGUAAGGAUUUGGUGGCUUAUUAUUGAGACUAGCUUAUUAUUGAGUCCGGCAAACUUUAGAGUACAUAUACCCGGUAAGGGUUUAAAAACCAGCAUAUUUAUGAGUACCAAAAUAUUGCAGAUACGGAUGUCAUAUUUUUUGCUUUUUAGUAAAAACAUUGACGUCGGUAAACACUUAUACUUCUGACAUACCUGUUUUUGUUACAAUUUCUUAAUGGAAAUAAUCUGAUGCUAACAGAUAAUUAUCCAUUAAAUAGUUUUGUCUGGCCUAAGAAACAAAUACUCCUACGAUUUAAUCGCCCAACGGAUAUGAAUAACUUACACAAUACGUGAUAAACACCACAUUUUGUUAUCAAUUCAACCAAGUAUACUGAGCGUUUUAUAGGCUUUCUUAUAAGUACAUGUACACUGUUGCAUGUUUUACAGAAUGCUAUUCCUGAUACAAAUAAGUGGACGGCUUAUUUUUGAGUGCGGCUAAUUUAUGAGCCCUUUUUGCCUGUAGUGAAAUGAUGGCUAAUUUUCGAGACCGGCUUUUUAUCAAAACCGGCUUAUUUGCAGGAUUUCAGGGUAUCUCAGUAAGCAUAAAGCUUAUAGUAAUUACUGUACACUGUUAAAGAGAUCUCUUUUCUUUUUUGAAAUUUUCAUUGGCCAGUAGAAAAAUACAGCUUUGCUUUGAAGCUACCACCACUACGGGAGACAUACAUGUAUAGAAUAUUGCAUAACUUAGGAAUGAGUAUUAGACAUUUGAAAAUGAUUUUAUUUGCAGCUAGAUAGAAAUUUAAUGUGCUUAGUAUUUCCUGAAGCCAGUUAGAAUGGAAUAUUUUUUGUGCCAACCAAAAUUUUUAAGAGUGGCACUUAGUUUUGCCCUUGUCCAUACACCGUCUUAAUUUGUGUUAUGCAUAUUUCAAGGAGUAUUUGACCGUGAGUCAUCAAACCUCACAGAAUGUUAGCCCUUAUCAUGCUGGAUGCGAUUGAUUCUGCCUUUGCGACCAGUGUAGAUCAUGAUCUGCACUGUUUGCCAUUCAGUCAUUAUAUUUUUGGUAAUCACCCCUUUUAACAGUUUAUGGUACUGUCCAAAUUGAAAGAUGGACAAGUUCAUUAUAGAAAUUUACCAGGAUAAGGGUUAGUCAGUCUGGGAAGUUGUGCACCUGAUGUUUUAAUUGGGAUUUCAGAAGUUCUGACCCUUGACUUAGUCAAAAAUAUCAAUAAUAAUUAAGGCCUAAAAGUUUGUGUCACAUGUAUCUCAAAAAUCAUUUAACCUAACAUCAUGAAACAUUAUAGGAAUAUUGUUCAGCAUGUGAAGUUAUGCACCUGGGGUUUUGAUUGCGAUUUCUCUCAGUCAGACCAGAGUAAUGGCCCUUGAUUAAGUCAGAGAUAUGCAUUAUGGGCAUACAAGUUUGUAUUGGAUGUGUCUCAAAAAUGUUUUGACUUUGAGUGAAAAACAUUCAAGGAUUAUUAAAUAGUAUGUUAGGAUGUGUGCCAGGUGUUCUGUUUGGGAUUUCACUCAGCCAGACCAAAUUUAUGGUUUUUUAAUUAGUGAAAAA